GCUAGGUAACGUUGACAAACAAAACGAGACGAUUACCAAUUCAGCAACCUUUAUCUUCGAGGGGAGUACUUUCUUCUCUUUCCAGGUAUGUGAAUGAUCUGCAAUCUGCAGAAAGACUCAGGCAUCUAACAUGGACCUGGAUGUCAUCAAAUACCUGGCCAAAGCCAAAGCGAACCACGAUUGUGGAGCUUUGCAGUCAGCUUUUAAUGUAUUGGAAGCGAUGACAGCAGCUGGAAGCCCAGAAGGUGCACUCAGCGUUGACCCACAUUUGUAUGUAUCCUGUGGGGAAGAAGCUCUGCAGCUGGGUUGUUUAGAGAUAAGCGCGGCGUGUCUGCAGAAGUUCUUUGAGUGCAACCCACCGGCUGAUCAAUAUCUGUGUCGGGCCUUCAUCUGCCAAGGCCAGCUUGUAAGUCCCUCGGCCACAGGGAGCAUGGAAGACUUUAAAGAGAAUGUGCAGUGUUUUCUUAAAGCAAUUGAAAUUGCAAAGCGAGAAAAAAGAACUCAUUACAUUGUGUUCAACGCCUCAGUACUAUAUCUCCAGAUGGUACGUCCUCUCCUGCAACCAGGGCGGUGCCGCCACCUGAUUUCCUCUCUCAAGCAGGUGGUCAAAAGUCUGGAAGCGGUGGCUGACAAAGACCACGGCUGGAGGGCAGAACUCAUGAUGCACCUUCUUGACUGUCUUUUGGACUCUGGGAAAAUGGACGAUGCUGGAAGCUAUGCAAGAGUUUCAGAAGAAUUUAUCAAAAAACACUGUCCAAAUCUUUAUUACAAACUUUUUCGUUUACAGGUGUGGCAUAACCUGUCAAAAAAGGAAGUUCUGCUCAAAAAGAUCCGGCAGUCGACUACAUUAACAGUCAUUUACAAAAUACUACAAUUUAAAAGGGGGCUAGGGGAAAUAAAAGAGGAUGAAGUUGUAAAAAAAGAUUUGAACGAGCUUGAGGAGAUUUUUAGUCUACUGGGGGAUUCCACAAAAGCAUCUCUUCGGACACCCCUUGAACCAUCUAGCAGAGUUUCUUUACUCAUGGAGCUGUCUUUGCUGGCCUUGCAAGUAAAGAAUGAAAAAGUGGCAAUCAAAUGCUUAAAACAAAUUAAGUCAACAGGGGAGACGAGUAUCGGUGAACAGAUAAUAAUGGAGUGUGUCAACUGUGAAAUAAACCUCCAGAAGAAAGAGACAAAGAUGAAUGACUAUUCCAAAUCCAGUGUUGAGGCCCGUCUAAAGGAGAUAGGGAAGCUGAAUCACUGUCUACAGGCUGCUGUACGAGAAGGGGACCCGCAGGCCGUGCAGGCAGUGUGUGCAACCCAGUGGAGCUUCUGUCUCCCACUGUUGCAGCACAAUCUACGCAGACACGUGAAGACACCUCUGUCCAGGGUGGCCCAAGCACUGGAAGACAUGCAAUGUAUGCUGUUCCCAGUCCGAUGUCUGGUCCACGCAGAGCUUGCAGUGAUGGAAGAGGAGGACGGACUCCUGGAGGCCUCAAUCACUCACCUACAAAAAGCCAUGCUGCUAGAUAACGGCACACAAAAAGAAAGAUUAUCGUCAGCUUUCCAUCUCUUACAGCUCAGAGGGAACCUCUAUCAAUCGCCCUCUCGCAACGAGGAUAAAGCCGCUAUGCUUAUGCAGCAGGUGAAGGACAUGCAGACCCAACAGGAUACAGAUUGCCGUCCCUUACUUCUGACUGUGGGUCAACUGUUGGCCCCUGCUGAUUUCCAGAUGGUGCUGAAUGCAGAAAGCACCCCUAAGCUUACCAAAGCAAGUGUUGGAUGCGGGCCUUUAGCUCAGCUCUCUGCUGAGGCUCAGCAUUACUAUGCAGCUGUACAGAAGUUGGAAGGAUACCUUGAUCGACAAGGAGAAAAUGCUGACAACACAGAGAGGCUAAAGCUGUGGGCAACACUUGCAAAGACAGCAAGAAAACAGGAAGUCUGGGAUGUGUGCCGAGUCGCUUGUCGAUUCUGUUUGCUCUAUGAUGAGGGACAGUUGAAGAUGCCCAAGUGUCACAAAUCUAGAUGCUCGGAUGAAGACACCACUACUGAAGUUGUUAGCAGUUUUGAAGAAAAUCAUCCCUGUGUGAAAAAGUUACGUCUUUUAGCAGAAAUGUGUUUUAUUACUGCUGAGGCUACUAUCAAAAAGAUACAAAUGCAAGGUGUGCAGCUCAACAGCCCAGCAGUCCGUCCACAGGAUGGAGGUGUUUCUGAAGAUGAUCCACAGUGGGUUAUUUACAGGGACUGGAUCCAGUUUUUGUCUGCUUAUGCCGCCUCUACUUUCUUGCGAGCAGCUGAGCUUGGCACACAGAUUAAGGAACCGUGGCUUGUGGCAAAUGCAUCCAUUUACUCGUGGAACUACAACAAGCACUUGCUGGUUAGUGGAGACUAUAAAUGUCUCAUUCCCACGUUCCAAAGCCUGGUAGAGAUGCUCCAAGAGUCCACUGGUAAUCGUGCUCUGUUGGUGCUACUGUGUGACGUUGUGGCUCGAGGUUUGAUCCAGCAUCUGGAGUUACCUGACAAUGUGGAGCAAGCCCCGCCACAAGACAAGGGCAAAACCAAAUCUGAGAAGGUGUCUGCUGUCCAAGCUGGUAUGUUCGACCCUGAUAUUCUCCAGAAAAUCCACAAAGCACGAGAGUUAUGUGACUACGCCCUGACCAUACCCAUCUGCAACCCCAGAGGGGAGACAGUUCCAAUCGCUGUACAGAAGCAAGUAGUGGCCACCUGGGUGCAGAUCAAGAACAUCCUGCAAAAGCAAGCUGGCGGCAAUAUUGACAUGGAUGAAAAGAAUGAAGAAAUGUCACCAAUGACUCGUGUGCUGAUUCAAGUGGAGAUGCUCCAGUCCAAUAAGACUCCUAGUAAUUUGGAGAGUUAUGAUCCCAGUCUCUCAACACUGGUGACCAUUGUGUCUAAUGGCAACUGGACUGAUGCUGUAGUGGAGUUGCAGAUAUGGUCUCAACUUGCCACAUUCUGCCACCAUGCCAAGGAGUACCGCUUAGUGUUGAACUGCACUAAAAAAGCGAUGCAGCUUGAGGAUGCUGCAUCAAGCUGCCUCAGCUCCAACCCUUGCCUUUUGUAUGGCUUACCUGCAGUGAAUGAGAUGCUCAGCAGUGCUGCUUGUCUGAGGGGUUUGAGCACAAUUCACGAGUCCAUUGGAAAUUUACAUAUUUACAUGACAGGCAUGGACAUGCUUCUGUCUAGUGUCAGGUAUGCACAGAAGGCUGGGAGUCCAGAACUGUGUCUUCGAGCUGCCAGAUAUUACUGGAAUGCUUGUCUACCUCUAUCACAGUCACCUGAGGAAAGACACCAUCUUAGAGAGCCACUGGAAGCAAUUCUCAAUGCACUCAUCCUCAUUUUUACCAAAUAUACAAGUGACAAAGUAAAGGGUUCUCAGACUUUGGCAGCGGUCCCUCCUGGGAAUUCCAAACCUGAAGCACCAAAUGAAGAAGUCCUAACCCUGAGAUCAUCGAUUUACUGUCUGUUGCUUCAAAUACACAUAGACAAAACAGACUGGAACGGUGCUCUGCAGCUGCUGGAUAAUGCUGUUAGAGAUAUGCCUUCCUCCAAACACAGACUAAAUCUGCUGAAAUAUCGCAUACAGAUGAAAGCACGGCUGGGUGAAAGUGUGUUAAUGGACAUGCAGACGUUGCAAGGCAAAGAAGAACAGCAUUGUUCAUUGAUGUGGCACAAAGUAGCACUGUCUUCUUGCGAUGUAAAACAGCAACUGAAUUGCUUUCAGAAAUCUCUCACCUCUUUAUUGAGUGAAGAAAACCAAUGGCAAAAAGUCGGUUUCAUGCUACAAUUUGGAGCCUGGCUUUACUCUCACAACUUAUCUAAAAAGGAUGCCCAGCACCAGGUUCAGUGGGCCAUUGACAUUCUCCUUCACUUAGAAACCGAGAAGUCAGAAAAAACAGAGGACGAGUGUCAGGAAAUGGAUGGGAGCUCAGUGAAAUGUGAGACUCUGGCUGUUGUCCAAGGGUUGUCAUUCACACAAAGUGUAUCUACUCUAAGGGAGGUCCAACGCCUUGACAGCUUGGUACAAGCACACACUCUGCUUGCUGUCAUGGCAGACAGGAAUUCACCCGAGCACCAGUUUAACCUACUUAGAGCUUACGACUUUGUACUCCAAAUAUGGAAGUGUCUUUCAGCAGUACCUCCAACUACCACUCCUCAUCAAUUCUCAUCAAACACUUAUUUGGAAAAUCCCACAGGUGAACAGGCUAAUUGUGAACAGGUGUCAAUGACUGUUUUUUGUGUGACGUCCAAUGAGCUUGCAAAAACUCAGUCAUGUCAUUCCCCUACUACUGCUGUGACAAAAAAAGAAAAGGGCAAAGGCAAAAAACCGCCCCCCGCAGAAGUGAAACCCAAAACUGUAUUGGAUCCAACACUUACUGCUAAUCUGGAUUAUUGGGUUAAAUACACUUGUCCUGAUCAGGUCCGUUACAUGUUCAAAACCAACUGUAACCCCCAAUGUAUCAAUAUUCAUAGCAUUCCAAAGCAGGACCAGAGCUUGUAUUAUCUUAACCUACUGGAAACGGAGCUCCACUCACUUUCACUCAGUCACCUGACACUGCCCAUAUUGCAUCUAGCUGAGACAUUGGCUUGUGACCUUUUGGAGAGGAAGAGCCUCUCUGACCUGUAUCGACUCAGAAUAGUGAGGACCUGCAGUCAGCUUGGCAUGGAGACACAUUCCCCGUAUCACGAUAAUCUCUUGAAUCUGAUUAAACUACCAGAACAAGAACAAAUUGGGUGCCACAGAGCAAUCACUCUUUUACGGGAGAGAAGAAGCCUCUGCAACCCAUGCAAUCAGAAAGCUGGAAUGAAUGAAAUGUCUGAACCAAAUCUACAAAAGAGGAAUUUGUUCAGUCUGGAUAUUUGGGUAGACAAAGCUGAGGUCUGCCUGGGAAUGGGGCUGUUUCAAGGAGCCAGGCAGCUUCUAGCCGAAGCCCAGUUGGUAGCAUCAGAAUUUGAAGACAAGACAGUAAUGGGAAGAAUCUUCCUCAAUGUGGCUGUUCUGGCUAGUGACGAACAGAACUAUGCACAGGCUCUUUAUCUUCUGGAAAAGGCUCAAGCAUUAGGUGGGGACGAGCACUUCUGGUACAAAUUCACUCUCACAAAGAUCACUGCUGUAGUAGGUCAGAGACAGAAAGAUGCACAAGGAAAGAUUGAUCAAAUUGUAAAGCAAGGCUGUGAGGCUCUAAAAAUUGUUCUGGAGCAACGGAUAAACCGAGUACCAGGGAUUACCUUUUUAAUUACAUCAUUAGAAAUGAGGGGUGCCAUUGAGUGUAUACGCGCCAUUUCUGGCAAUGAUCCUGGAGAUGUACAUUGCACAGUGGAAGUUCAUAUGCUGAUAACUGCUUGCGAGACACUUAAACAAUGUGCAAGGGUUUUUGCUCAACUUACCUACAUGGAGCAUGCUGCAAAGAGCAAUGAAGAGUGCAUGUAUGGUCUGAGAUUCCUGGCUGACAUGGCUACAGACAACAAAGAAAAGCAGCGCUUCUUGCUUGAUGGACUUUCCUGCAUGCAGUUAGCCAUCUCAGAUCAAGAACGUGUGGUACUGAAUGCUCAUAACUACCUCCACCUGGAAGAGGAGAGUUGUGGAGUUUUAUUGUCACCCAAAUGGACACUGCUGCGCAUGCGACUCACCCUAGCAGAGGUUUGCUUGGCAAUACAAGAAGAGCACUGUGAAGAACUGCUAAACCGAGCCCGUGCAAAGGACAAGACAAUCGCUGAGAUAGCAAUUGAAGAUUUUAUGCGAAGUAUACCUGAACCCAACUCUAUUGAACAGGAGUGGAUGAAUGUGGGCAGCACAUUGGGUCAGAUGGCGUUGGGCCAGCUGGCUGCAGUGAGCUCUUGUUCCAUAGACAGUAUGGAGCUGAGAGCGCACUGCUUGAGUCUGAUGGGUAAAACCAUAAGACUGAUGGCUGUGCAAGAAGACCCUGGUUAUAUAUCGUAUCUCUGGGACAAAGAUAUCCAGGAUGGUUUGUGUGACCCCAACACUUUGGAGGAAGAACAUUCAGGGAAAGAGAAAGACAGCACUUUAAGCAGUGAGGAGUCAAAGAUUACCUCUGCCAAAAGCGCUGAGCUGCAGCGUAAGAGACACAAAGCUCAGCAGCUUUUGGCCCAGGCCAGCAAGGUAUUGUCUGAAGCUAUUGCUCUGUGUCUUCAGCACAAGUUGUCUGCUUCCAUCCUAAGCAAUGCCUCUCUUAGUAUGCUGCAGUGUCAUGGCCAGUCAGAUCAUGAACUGACAGGUCAAUAUCUCGCCUUGUUUCAGAGUGCUUUUGCUGUUGAUGUAAUGGCUGAAGUCUUAAAUUCAGCCUGUGUUGACACUAGUGUGUCCCAGCUCGCAGCUCUACUCAGCCUCCACACAAAACUGUAUGUCUCUGAAGAGGGGAGGUCCACGAGAAUGCUGGAAGGAGUGAAACAUUCCCUGAACAGUAUCUCCAAGGCCUUCUCUCAACUAACCAUUGAUCCCAACCACCUGAACUUUGUUGCGGAACUUCCGCCUGAGAUGAAGAUUAUAUUACUGCAGCACUCCUAUGAUGGGUCUGAACUUUAUGGAGCCUUUUACAACAUGCCUGAAGCUCCAGAAAAUACAAAAGUGAAGACAGCACAAGGUUUCCUGACGUGCUCUAAAGUAGCCAAGGUUUCUGUCUGCCCAAGGGCUCUGCUCGCACUUCAGGAGCAGACCCGGUCCUUUGACCAAGAGACAAGACAUGCUUUCCUGAAGGAGGCCUGUUUGUAUAAUGGAAGAGUGGAAGAAUCCCUGGAAGAGUUUCACGCUUCUGAUCCUGAAUCUGAUGCAGACAAGGUGUUGACGCUUCGUUUCAGGGAAAUUGUUCAGCAAAUGGAAGAAUAUUUGAAUCCUCUUCUGGCUCAAUUUGACUUCUCUUGUUUGAGCUCCCAGGAGUCAUUUGAACCAAUUUUUGAAGGGGUCCAAGACAAAAGUAAAGAAAACAAAUUACCCUCAGAAAGUACACCUCAACUAGGAGAGUUUGUGGUGUUGCUGGCUGACUGUAAGUUGAUGGAGUUGCCUUUGGAGGCUUUGUCCGUCCUUCAGGGAAACCUUCUAUGCUCAGUGUCCCGAGACUUCUCCCUGCAGCUUUUCCAUAACCGCAUGCAAAAAGAAGAGCCACCCAAAGUGGUGGAAAAGGAAACCAAAGGUGGUAAAGGCACUAAGGGAAAAGCUGAUCAAAGCCAAACCAUCAAAGUGAUGCCGACCAGUCAUUUUUUACCUGCUAAAACUUUUCCAUUGGACACACGGAACUUGAAAAGUAUCUUUAAUGACAAAGAUGUUGUCAACAAUUCCAGCAUCUUGGAAGGGACCACACUUGGUGAGAAGAUGAAGAUGAAGUGGGAAACUCAGGGCCAACAUUUUAACCCUCUGUUAGCAGGCUUUGUGGGCAUCAAACAAACUCCCAGUUUGAGUGAGAUGGAGAAGAUACUGUGCAACUGCAGCGGAUUCUUGUACCUUGGAACGGAACGCUUCUGGGCUCACAUGCCACCUGCCAAACUAGCGGCCCUCAAUCUGUCAGAAUGUCACAUGGCUGUUCUCUUUGACCUGGUCCAGAGCACUACCAACACCCAACACUUCUCACAAUUUGACAUGCACAAGAGGGCAGGAUGGCGCACUUUGGAGAAGCCAUUGGAGGUCGCUAUGUUGAUGAGCUUAAAUGGUGUCAGUUGUAUUGUCCUCAACCAGUGGCAUAGCAGCCUUCAACAAAACUCCCAAUACAUGACUAACUUUUUGGAUAAUUUUCUGAGCCUCAAACAGACCUCUGGGCAGAUUGUCCAUUCCUUGAGACGAGACACUCACUCCGGAGAGAUAUCAUGUGACCAAAAGGCCAUAGGAUUAAAUGAUCACUCUGAUGUCGGUGACUUGAAAGAAGAGUUUCAGCACAAACCCAAUCUGACACCAUCAGCUUUCAACUGCGUUCUUUAUGGACUCCCCGUUGUAACCGGCACAUAAAAAUAGCAAGCAAUUUCUUCGAUGCACAGUCAGCUGGCUUGCAUUUCCCCAGUUAAAAUAAAUAAAUAUUACUACUAAUAAACCUACUAAUUAUGAGUUUAACUAAAAUGGUAUUUUAAAAUGUUUUUGAUGGGAAUAAUCUUUACUAAUGUGGUUUUGUAUGUACAUUAUGUGAUUAUAUGUGCACUUGUAUAACUAUAAGGUGCCGAAUGUAAAAGUUCAUUCACACUUUUCUAGCAGAUAUAUUUAUCACAUUUAGCUCACUUUUCUCACAUUUUACUCACUUUUCUCACUCCUACAUCAUUCUUACUGCAGAAGAAGGAAACAUGGCAGAUGCUUAAUGACAAAUAAUGCCAAUAAAGUUGCAUAUUUUUGUUGCAUAAAGACAAUUAAAUGCAGACAGUGCACUUCCAUGUUUGACAAUUAAUGCAAUUGAUUCUUAC